AUGUUGUCUCCCAAGCUCAUCGUAAUCCCCUUCAUGCUUUUUACCCUGGGGGUUGCUCAAGACCCCGAAAACUGUCCGGAGCUUCCAGAAACCGGGGUUACUAUGGGCGAUCCGGUCCCCAUGCAUCCAGAACACAUUCCAGCGGGCUGUUCAGACUUUGAGAUCCUUGUGGCUCGUGGAACGAGUGAGCCAAACUAUGUCGCGGGCGGUGGGAAGUUUGGCGUUGUGGUCGGCGACCCUAUCGUCAGCAACACAACCCUCAAGCUUCCCGGCGCCAGAGGGUACCCCGUCCAGGCAAUACCCUGCCAGCGCAGAGAUCGUUAG